GAAGCAUGGUGGGAUAGGAGUAGCGACGCCACUGGAACGAAGAAAACUUGCAGACUUUUCCAACAUUCUGGACAAAUUCUACACCAACAAAGCCUUUCUUUGCUUCAGGGAGACGACAGAGAGAUUGAAGACUCCAGAUGGCAAAUGCUCUAGAGGACUACGUCAACAAAACUGUUUCAGUCAUCACUGCAGAUGGUCGAAUGAUAGUGGGGACACUGAAAGGGUUUGACCAGACGACAAACCUCAUCUUAGACGAGAGCCAUGAACGAGUCUUCAGCUCUGGGCAGGGUGUGGAGCAGGUGGUUCUGGGACUGUACAUUAUCAGGGGGGACAACAUAGCUGUGGUAGGAGAAAUAGACGAUGACAUUGACACCAGAUUAGACAUGGUAAACAUCAAGGCAGAACCACUCAACCCUGUGGUGCACUGACACUCUGGAUCCUGCACUGCAAAAGUCAAGCAGAUGUUGGAAGGAAAGAUCACAACAUAUUCCCACAGCCCAAUAUUUGUUGGGAUGCUUCCAUUGUACAGCAGGGCAGUCAGAAAAUCUUCCACACAACUUUUCUUUGGAUGUUAACUACACUACAUACAUGUAUAUGUACUCUUUAUACUGUUUUGCAUCAAGGACUCCUGGCAGCAGGUGGUCCAGUCCUAUUAGGUACUCGCUACAUCCUUUGUAUGAUGUACAUGUCAGAUAGUAUUGCAAAGUGUGAUGUGGGACUAUUGCAGUGCCCAUCUGUCCCAUCAUAGAAUGUGUCUGUGUGUAUACCUGAUUAAGACUUUGUAUGUGAGCCAUCCUCCUUAUCUUUAUAGUAGCAUUGUACAUAAAAGCCUACCUUUUCUUUUGAUUUAGCCCUCCUUGCUCCCAUCCAGUGGCAUUAUGCAUACAGUGGUAGCUGUCCUUUCAUGCAGGCUUGUGUCAAAA